AUGCAGGAAAGGGAACAGUUGCUCUGCAUUGCCUGCGUGAUUGAGAUGGUGGAAGAAAACAGUGUAUCGAUUGUUCGCAAAAAAUAUACGCUUGCUUGCUUCAAGGAUGUUCUUGAAAGAUUCCCUCACACUGUGGGAGAACUGUUCUCAAUGGAUGGUCGAGUGUGCAUUCACUUUAUGACUACUUUGCUGGAUAUGCUGCAAUCUGUUGAAGAUGAUGUCACAAUUAAUCUGGCGAUUGAAGUUCUUGUGCUUCUCACUGAGGAAUUUAAGGCAGAUGAGUUUGUAUGCUGCGUGCUGGAUCAAUGCCAAAAACAGUUGUCAGAAAAAAGCAGUAUGAGGAAAACUUUACCUGUUUUUACAUUGAUGGGGAAACUGUUGAUCACAAUCCCAUUCCUUGCAGAGAAGUUGAUCCACAAAUAUCCAAUGCUGCUGGAGCAUAUGAGGCUAGCACUGGUUUACCCUGAUGAAGCAGUGAGAGCAUCGGUCUGCUAUAUUUUUUGUGCCAUGUACAGUUAUCCUCCUGUAGUGGAGAAGCUUUCUAUGUACUUCAGUGAGAGACUUUGUAAGCUCAUUAUUUCAAUUAUGGAGGCAGCACAGACCAAAGAACUGCAAAUAAACACCCUUGGUCUUCUCAAGCACCUUCUGCAGUUUAAACAGUUUGUGACUGUGAUGAUGAGUUCAUAUGGAACAGAAGGAGUUAACCCAGAAGAUGAAGUAGUUCCGCAGGGUGGAAAUUCACUGUGGUUACUAUUGAAAAAGUUGCUGCUCAACAAAGAUGAAACACUGCAAGUUAUAAGUGUACAAUGUAUGACUUCCAUACUCGUCCACUCUCCAGUGCAGUAUGCUCCUACACUUGUAUAUGCAGACAUUCCAGAAUUUCUGUUUGAACGACUCUCUAGUGCAGAUGAGAUCUUAGUCUGGUCAAUCUACAGUUGUCUUCUUUUGCUAACUGAGGAGAAACUUUUCUUUUCGAAGUGCCACUCCGUUUAUGGUAUAGAAUCCUUGGUUCGAAGCUUGAAAGAGACAAUGAAGGUGAACAAUAUUGAAGUACAGAAGCAAGGUCUGCUACUGUUUGGUGAGAUUUUAAAAAGACAGCCAUCAGGAAUACAGUUGUUUAUGAAUGUUGCCAUUUGGCAUGAAGCUAUUGUUGUUUUACAAGAAGCAGUGACCAGUUCCAGUCUUGAAGUUGUGACAGAAGCAGCCAAUGCUGUGGCAGCCUUCCUUCGGAAGGAACAUCUGGCAGUACCUGUACAGUACCAGGAAUUGCAAAAGCUCAUUGAAGCAAUGUUAAUGCGCUGUGCAGAUCUUCCUGACACUAUUAGGAGUAAAGAGGUAAUGUUAGCAAUUGAUUGUCAAAAGGAUCGCUCAUUGCAAGAGAAUGCUUUCACAUCACCUGGAAUUGCAAGUGAGAAUGUGCUGGAAAAUUUCUCAGAGUUUCUGCUGACAAUUUGCGACACUUUGUGCAUCCCAAUUGUAAUGAAAUAUUAUGAAAAGACUCCUAACGCCACAGUGAUGGAGGUUUUCUUCUCCAUUCUCAGUGUGCAGUACACUAUUUUGCCCAACACAGCCAACCUAUUUUCUGUUAAGCUAGCGGGACCAUCGCCAGAGGCUUCUCCGCUUUCCAACAACACCUCCCAGGACCACAUUGAGCUUUUACCGAUUUUAACACCAACGACAAGACUGGAGGAAGCAGCUCAGCUCAAGAUGCUCCGCAUGCACUUGGGAGAGCUUCAGCAGAAAUAUUUUGACACCCUGCUACUACGCAACGAAGCAGAUCUGGAAGAAGUUUCUGCACUCUUUGCGAAGUGUAUUCCACAUCUGAACUAUACAUUUUUAGACAUUACAUCUGUACUUUCCGAAAGUUUAGACACAAUUGGAAUAGACGAAGAUCUCCAAAACCACCAACAUUGUCUGCUAUUAUUAUUAUACUUGGCCCAUUUGUACGAUAACAGGUUAUUUUCAGAAGGUCAUUUAUUCAAAGCUAUCAGUAGCUUUUUACACACAUCCUUCGAUCAAGGACUUGCACCUCCACCCUUUGUACUUAAAGCCGCAAUCUAUCUAUUGUCUAUAUGCCAAGAAAAGUGCAGUCAGCUAGAUUUGAUAUCACUGAACUCCAUUUGUAAGCUCUUGGAGAGUAUUGCCACUGUUUCUUCUGUGUAUACGAGUCAUCCUCUAGUUCUGAAGUUUUUCUUCCACUAUCCAGAGUUGACAGACAGAUUUGGUCACUGCAUCUUGAAAUGUUGGUUUACACAUUUUGAUAUCAACCAUAGUGAGGUUGAAAACAUGCAGGGUGAUGUAAGUUGCUUGAUGAAUAUUAUCCAGGGAAAUCCAAAUGUCCUCCUGAUUCUGCUGGAUAUAGUUCAUACUGAAGAGAUUGAAUUAGCUUUCAAGGCUUUGCUGGCUUUGAAAUCAUUCCUGAGGAAAAAUGAAAACGUGGUUCCUGCUUCUGAUGUGCUUCGACCUCGAUUUCUCCAGAUACUACAAAGGUUCACAAUAGAAAAUAAUGCACAGGCUUUCAAAGGAAAGAGGAACCUAUCUUUGGUAUUGGAUCUCCUUUCAUUGGUACAGGUAAAAAUUCAAGAUCCCAAGGAAAUGACCAGUACCGAUUUCAAGCUCCUGUAUCAUGUAAGUAACUUGGCAGGAAAAUGUAAAGACUUGAACACAGAUAUCUUACAACCUGCUCUUAAUUUCUUCUACUGCUGUUUGAAACAAACAUCAACCUACAACAGGAGCAGAGUUGUUUCUGUGUUACUGUCUAAUUCCUCCCUGAUGGAGUUCCUGGAGAAGAUAUUAGAGCUGAGCUGGUCUGACCAAUUUGAAACUGUCCCUGAUGUCCUGGUCUGCUCUGUCUGGUUAUUAUUAGCCAGUUUAGUCCAAAACCAGACCAACUAUAAGUCAGAGGUUCAUAGAACAGUCGGUGUGAAUCUGGAUAAGGUUAUCCACUGCAUCAGCUCCAGAAAGGACAGUUCACUGCUGCACGUCUGCAUUCUUCAGUUUUUGAAGACAGUUCUAAGACAUAACUUCAUAUCUCCGUUGCUUAUUGUUACUGCUACUAACACAAAGAAUCGACCCCUACCAGAUCAGGAUGCCUUGUUGUAUCCAUUCUCUUAUCAACAGAUCAUUUUGUUCUUUUUUCAUCUACAGAACUUUCUAGUUCAGGGAGAUGACCUUCUUUUCUGUUCUGCAACUGGCUGUUUGGAAAUACUGAUGGAGUACUUGCACAAUAGGGACCAGGCCACAGUCUGUCAUGUGAUGUCACAGCCCUGGAGUCGAUUUCUUCUUUUCACAUUGGUGAAUACUGCAGAGAGCUGCCGUCUCAAUUCUGGCUUCCUCAGACUUCUCUCUGUGUUCCUGAAAUAUAACAGUAAGAAUAUUGUUUUUGAAUCUGAUGUGAAGCGAGUCCUACAGAUGGCAGCACAGCUAAAAUUGGAAGAAUUGAGCAGCGACACAGCUGAGGCUUUGAUCAAUUUUCUAAAACAGUUGCAUCUACAAAGUGGCAAACUGUUCAAUAUGGGGCAGAAGGACAUGGAGGUUGUCCAUUCCUUGUUGGAGGAUCUAGAGAACAGAACCUCAACUCAACCUGAUGCCAUGAAAAUUAUAUUUAUUGGCAAACUAGCAGUCUGUCUGUCUGAUGUCUCCGGCUGCCACUGGGAAUAGGGAAAUCAAAUCAAGACUACAUUUUCAUUGUUAUAUGGAUUAAACCAGCUUCCUCUUCACAAAAUACAUGUGGCUCUGGGAAUUGGUGUAAAUAAAAUGUGAUGAAUUACACGUGACUGGAAGUAAUA